UUGACCUACGUACUCGUCACCAUGGUAAUCAUCGCAGCACCCCUUGUUGCGAUUGCAUUACCACUGCUCGAGUGGGCCGAGAACUCAGCGCAAGAAGUCGUGGACGCCCUCGCACGUGUUAGGCAUACCAUACAACCCCGACACUGCGGGGACUUAUUGGACGCUGGUCAGAGGACGAGCGGUGUGUACACUGUUUUCCAUGAGAGUGCCGGCCGCUCAGGGCAGGACGUCUACUGCGACAUGCAAACGGAUGGAGGCGGCUGGACGGUCAUCCAGAAGCGUGGACAGUACGGGAACAAUGCAUUUUACUUCUAUCGGAACUGGACGCAGUAUGCCAAUGGGUUCGGUGAUCCGGCAAAAGAGUACUGGAUUGGCAAUCAAGCAUUGCACACGUUGACGUCUGGCGAGAAGGCGAUGGCGCUUCGGGUGUUCCUGGGCAACGCCACGAACCAGGGCACCUGGAUAGACUACGAAAGCGUGCGAGUCGCCGAUGAGAAUGAAUUCUUCGCAGUGAAGAUCGGAAAGUUCCUUGGGCCAAAAGGCUGGGACGCCCUGAGCUUCGCCCACAACAUGAAGUUCUCCACUUUCGAAGAGGACAACGACAACUCCCCCGACAACUGUGCCUUUAAAUACAAAGGGGCCUGGUGGUACAGCAAGUGCUACGAUUCGAACCUUAACGGCCUCAACCUCAACGGCCACCACGACACCGUGGGUGAUGGCAUCGAGUGGAUUUCACCGAAGACCGCUAGCCACGGUGCCCACUACUCUUACCCGUGGGCGCACAUGAUGAUCCGACCGGUGGGAUUCGCUGCUCGCAAUUUGCGCCCGGCGAGGAAUGCUACCACAGGUGCGGCCAUGGCCAACUGUGAGAGAGGGACAAAUGCCACUUUGGCAGUCAAUCAGUGAAUCCACCAACUGGAAUUAUUCAAGGUACACAUCGAGUUACAGCUUGCACGCAUUCGCACUUGGGGUUACGGGACACUGCAAUGCUCGGCGACGUAGACUUGAGCAGCCACGCCACUAGUGCGAUCUUGUGGCACUCACUUUAACGAAGUCAGAUAUAUUUCAUCGCAUUGACUAAGUGCGUUUUUGACCUUCCGUCAUAAGGCCUCGAUAACGACAGACUCAUUAACAUACAGCUUGUUUAUUCAUACUUCUUCCACGAGAACGUUGAAGCAAGCGGCACGAUUUCUAACAGGUGGCGGUUAAAUGAAGGAUCACCAACUGCCACUGCGAGUACUGCUGCCACUGUCCACGAGUACGGUUUUCCCGCGUAUCCUAACGAAAAAUUUGUAUAUAAACUAGCCCGAGCCCUCUAGCAUCUCGAUGACUGACUGCAUUAAAGCAUAAGAUUUCAGCACUCGAAAUCCGCGACUAUUCAUUCCAUAUCGAACUGCGCAGGCGCGUGACCGUUGGCUGUCUAUAGGAAACGCAUUCAUAGGCUUAAAGGUCCGAAGCAUGCUAUGACAGGCUUUAUAGUUUGUUGAAUUGUUUUGAAAGCAGCUCCAUGCGGUAUCUUUUGCACAGCUGCGCCAUUUUUGGCGCUUCUCUUUCCCCAUGACGUUAAACGCGUGCCGGCAAAAUCAACAUCACAUCAUCUCUCCAUCCGGGGCCUGGAAAGUGUCUUGUUUUUCAAUAAAACUUCUCUCAUCACCUG